AUGAGAGGUAAUGAGGGUAAUAAAUAUGCGGCGUUAGAACUUAAUGAUAUAUUGGAAAAAAUAAAACAAAUUAAUGAGCUGCUUGGUUCAGAUUCUAGACAAUUGAAUGUGGUGCUCUAUGUGGAAAAAUUCCGAAGGCUUAGAAUAAAUAGAGUCAUGGAAGCGCUCGUGACAACAUCUAGACCUCUGUCCCAAAUCCUUAUUAGGUCAACUAAUCCUUUAAGAUUUUCUUCAAUGCUUCUGGUAUUAAAAGAAGAUGAUGAAGACGUAGACGAAGAAAGACAGGAUGGGGAGGUGGUAGAUGAGGGGCUAUCUGAAGAAGUGGAGGAUGUAUUAAAAGACAAUAACAGAGAGCAUCUUAUGACAGGAAGUGGUUCUUUUAACGUAAUGAAACAAUGCUUUUCAAGACAAGGUUUAUUUCCAGCUGCUAAAAUGACGACGGUUAGCGUAACACCUGAUAUAAAUGGUGUUGCAAUGGAUAAGUAUAUUAGGGAUUCGUUGAAAUAUAUCUCCAAUAAUAUUGAACCUGAUAGCUUGUUUAUCGCGACCAAGCUACUGAACCCAAAUCUUAGAAAUAAGUUUGCUGGUAUUUUUUUAAUCGAUGGUAUAUUUUUACGAGGCUAUCUUAAGACCCUGAUUAACAUUGUCGGUAUGAGAACCGAUUACAGGUCAAUUCCUUUAGCUCAUUUGUUCACUACCUCACAUGAAACUACAAAGGCUUGCCGUAUUGCCAUCCAAUUAUUAAAAAGGAACGUUGAUUUAGACUGGUCUGCUGCUAAUUUCAUGUGUGACCAAGGUAAAGGACUCGAAUCUGCAAUCAGAGAAGAGCAUGGCAAAGAGGCACUUACUUGUGUCACCCAUUUGUCUAAGAAUUUAAUCAGGAACGCAAAGGGGAGAGUGAUAGAGGCAUUCCAGGCAGCAACCCACACAGUUGAUCCGCAGGUAUAUGAGGAAUCUAUCAACGAAUUGAUAAAAAAAAUUCGAGAAAGUAAAAGGGAUUCCGGUAAUUCGACAUUCAAGAAACUCACUGAAAACCCACGAUCCUUUUCCAGAUUGAAACGUGACUGGCCCCAUUGGGAAAUAUUUACUACAAAUCCUGUUGAACAAUUCCAUUCAUUUAUAAAUGUGUUGAAAAGAGGGAGUCUCGUAAACAUGAUAGUGAAUUUAACAUCCUUCCAAAUUAGUUGCCAUAAUCGACUUUUCUUGAACCAACAUUUCUUAAAACCCCAUCAAUAUACCUUCCAUCUGCUAAUAGGUUCCCACUUUGAGUUGGAAUUUCCGCAGCAUCCAGAAUUAGCAGCUAAUGUGGGUGAGUAA